UUUAGUAUUUUUCUAAUUUUUUUCUGUGGUCACGCUGCCAACAACAUAGGUCCUCCAUAAAAGAGGGAUAAAUUUUGUUUUAAUUAAAAUUAGUAGAAAUUCCAAAUAUAGAAUAAUCAUACAACAAUCAUGUGGUCACCGGAUGAGCUGCUCUUUCGAAACUUCCAACAGAUACAGAACCUGAAGUUCGACGAUGAAAAAAUAUCCACAACGACCUCCAGAGAACAGCAAAAAACUGAAGAUUCGGUAGAAAAAUGCUUUGAGCGUUUCGAGCGACAACAAUUUCUAAAUCCGCGUCUAACGCAACUGAAUCGAAUCGAACACCACCAGUACUUGGAUUCCAUGUUGCGCACAAUGCCAUCUCACUAUCAGUGCCUGGACAGCAGUCGCCCUUGGUGUGUCUAUUGGAUUCUACAGUCGGCGCAGUUGCUUAGCUUUACGUUCGACGACGAAACACUACGCGGGGUGGUGCAGUUCCUUAGCAACUGCCGCGCACCCACGGGUGGAUUUGGAGGCGGACCGGGACAAUAUGCUCAUCUGGCGCCCACAUAUGCGGCCGUUAAUAGUCUUUGCAUUAUUGGCACCGAGGCAGCUUAUCAAGCUAUCGACAGAGAUUCACUUGUUAAAUUCUUAUUCAGUGUGCGUGAUGCAGACGGUUCGUUUCGUCUCCAUGUGGAUGGCGAAACAGAUGUGCGUGGAGCCUACUGUGCAAUUGCCGUGGCCAAGUUAGUAAAUGUACCUGAGCGAGUGCUGAAUGAACUGUUUGCCGGCACCGGUGAUUGGAUUGCCGGCUGUCAGACAUACGAAGGCGGCUUUGGCGGUGCUCCCGAUUUAGAAGCCCAUGGCGGCUAUACGUUUUGUGGCAUCGCCAGUUUGGCUUUGCUCAACGAAGCGGAUAAAUGUGACAAGAAGGCGCUGCUUCAGUGGAUACUGCGUCGACAAAUGAGCUACGAGGGCGGCUUUCAGGGACGCACCAAUAAACUAGUGGAUGGCUGCUACUCGUUUUGGGUUGGCGCCACAAUUCCCAUCACACAAGCAACCUUAGUAGGUGCCGACAAGAGCAUGGAGCAGACAUUCUUUGACAUUGAAGCACUGCAGGAAUACAUUUUGUUAUGUUGUCAGAAAGCAAACGGUGGCCUUAUUGACAAACCCGGCAAACCUCAAGAUCUGUAUCACACCUGCUAUACUUUGAGUGGUGUCUCAAUUGCCCAACACUCACAGUCGGCACAGAAUCCUCAGGUGCUUGGCGACAUGAUCAACGAACUAUUGCCCACGCAUCCGCUGUUCAAUAUUCCACCGAAGUCUGUGGCGGCAGCAUUAAGUUAUUUUGCAAAUAUUUCCACCAACAGAGCACAGGAUGGAUGAUAGAUACACAUGCAUAGUUGUAAAUAAAACUUUAUUUCUUUUUGAAAAUUUGUACACUAUUCGACACUAAAUUUUUUCAAUGCAAA